UUCGCUUUUGGUUAUUCGACAUUGACAUCCCUCACUGUCGGCAAGUGGAACCGCUUUCACGAGGCAAACAGUCUUACAGAGCUAGAUACGUCCCAAACGAAGCCAUCAGCAUGAAUCGCUUCAUCCUACUGCUCUUACUCGGGGCUUUUGUCGCAGCAAUCUUUGGAGACGAUCCCAAGCCGUCGGAAUCUGCGGCGAUCGCAGAGGACGACAGCAACAAAGAUGGCGACAUCGAAGCCAAGGGCGACUUCUCCGUAGCCUGGUCUGGACCUCAAAUGUGGGUGUGUCGUGGACGACUUAGGAGGAGGAGGAGAUAUGCCUGCCAUCCUCCUGGAAGACACCAUUAUAAAAAAAGAAAUGAUGUACAGGAAGAAAGCAACCCAGAGUUCCUAGAUGAGGCCGAAGCCAACUUUUUCCUGAGGCGGCAUAAGCGCAACCACAUCUCCGAGGAAUGUUGCCAUGAGGGAUGUUACUGGGAGGAGAUUUUGGAGUAUUGCUAGAGAUUACGGCAUGGAAACGGGCUGGCCUCAUCAGGCCUCCAGCCCCGUCUAUAGUCUUCAAUGACAUCGAAUGUUUACUGAGCACCAUGUACUUUAUUUCCAUUUUGUCCUGGUUACGGUACUUUCUGUCGCCUUCAUUUAACAAGAAUUCAAACCAACAUCCGUUUUUAUUACCAUAACUAUUGACACAUACGGUAUCUCAAAAGAAAGUUAUAACUUCCAGGAUAGCGGCGCGUUAUGGUCAAAGAGGAUCAGACGAGACGAGGCUGGCUCUUUUGCCAGGCUAGAAAGCGUAAAGCAAAGGAAAACAAAAUAAGUUUGCAAAAACGCCGCUCUUUUUACUCGAUAUUUUAAGUAAUCAUUGCUUCCUGCUCCAAAGAAAAGGUUACAAAAGAACUUAAACAAAUCAUCUGAAAGUUUGCUCGGAGCAACUUUAUUUAAUUGGACGCGUAGAUGUAUUCAUCACAUUUCGUUCUUGAAAAAUUGACUUAUUUCUUGGAUUAUGAAUUUGGUUAUCAUUAUUUCCCCUCAAGUUGAAAAUCUUCAUUAAAAUUAUACGAAGCAGCA